ACUUUACACAUUUUAAUAAUUUCUAGUUUAAUCAACAUAGUUAUCGUAUAGUUAUAAUUAUAGUUAUAGUUAUAGAUAAAGAUAUAGAUAUAAGUUACAAGGAGAGUCAUAAUAGUGUAUAAUGAGUAAACGAUCCAAUAACAAAUUCAAAAGGAUCGUUGCAUUAUCAAUAGCAUUGAUAAGUUUAGUGGGCUUAAGUGUAAUCUUAUCUAUCGAUGUGGAAAAUCAUUCAGUAACCGUUAAACAUUUUGGAGGUUCUAGUGACAUAACUUCCCAUACACAUGAAGCCGACCAAGAUUAUGAAGAUAACAUAAAUGGAAGUGGAGUAGGGAGAAUAAAGCUGUCGGAUGAGAUUGAAGAUUUUGAAACAGAAGCAGAAGAACACAGAUCUCCCGAUACGAUCAGACCCAAAUUACAACAGUUGAAAGGUGAAAGUGGCAGUGGAAGUAGAAGUGGAAGUGGAUCUGGUAGUGGAAAUCUUAAAACUAAACCAUCAUUAUCUAAUAGUGGGACUGUGGAUCCUCCUUCUUUGAAAAAAGCUGGAAAAACCCCAGAAGCUCCUACCACCAAGAAAGUGACUCCAUUUAAAGGUAUGAAAGCUAGUGAUGAUGAUGAUAAUUACGAAACACACGAAAUAGAUCCAAAUCCUCAUGGAUAUUUGGGAGAUAUUACUGAAAUAUCCGAUGAAGAAAAGGAAUUAGUGGGGAACAUUUAUGAUAAAUCGAGUCAAAGUAAACAAUUACCUGAAGGUGUACCCAAUAGUAAAGAGAAAUAUGAAGGAGUAUUAGAUCCAACGGAUUAUCCUGUGAAUUCUGUACCUUUAGUAAGAAAAUCUAAAUUAAAGCCUUUUAGUUUCCGGAUAUAUAGUCAUAAUGUUAGAAAUGGAGGUCAUAAAGUUUUAGAUAAGGGAGAAGAUUCAUGGGAAAAUAGGUUUAGACUGAUAACUGCUUCAAUUAAAUUUAAUUGUCAAUCUAAUUGUGUAGUGGCAUUACAAGAAGUUUAUAAAUUUCAAUUAAAUGAUAUAAUGGAUGAUUUAAAUAGAUAUGAACCAAAUUCAUGGGCAUAUUAUGGGGUUGGAAGAAUUGAUGGUAAAGAUAUUGGAGAAUUUGUUCCUAUUAUUUAUAAGACUAAUGAAUUUGUUCCUGUUUAUACUGAUAGUUUUUGGCUUAAUGAGAGAAAUCCUCGUAUUUCUAGAGUCGGAUGGGAUGCUCAAUAUCCUCGAAUUGUUUCAUAUGGUACAUUUAAACAUAAAUUACUGCAAAAUUAUAUUAAUGUAUUUAAUACUCAUUUUGAUCAAGUUGGUGAUGUUGCUAAAUUAGGAUCCGCCAAACUUGUGAUUGAUAGAAUGAAUGAAAUUAAUGAUUGGCCAUCAUUUCUUGCUAUUGAUUUAAAUGCUGAAUGGGUUCAUAAAUCAUUCAAACAUAUUCAAACAUAUUAUACAGAUCUGAAACAAUUGGCUACUCCAUUUAAUAUGUAUGGACAUGAGAAAUCAUCAGUUACAGGAUUUGAAGGUCAAAUACUAAUUGAUGGAGGUCGUAAUAUUGAUUAUAUUUUUGCACCUAAAUAUGCCAUCAAAGCUGAUGAUAAGGAAACUUGUGAUAAAAUAAAUCCUUAUGAAGCAUCAAAUAAGAUUUCUCUUAGACUUGAUGCUUGGGCUAUGUUAAUUCCAAGUUUAAUGGGCGAUACAUUAGUGAUCAUCGACCUGUAGUGGCUGAUUUCACUAUGCGUGGCAAGUGCUAAAGUAGGCAGUAGUAGUAGUACCAGUAGUAGUAGUACCAGUAGUAGUAGUACCAAUA